ACUGAGGGGCUGCAGGUUAUCAGAGAUCAGCUGUUCUGCUCUGAUCUCUGCUCUGAAGUCCAACCUCCACCUGAGACAUCUGAACCUGAGUUACAACGAUCUGAAGGAUUCAGGAAUGAAGAGAGUUGUGUUGACUCUGAGCUGCAGACAUCAGGCUGAUAUCACUCUGAUCCUCACUGAGCAUCUUAACCCUCUACAGCAGGGACUGAGGGGCUGCAGGUUAUCAGAGAUCAGCUGUUCUGCUCUGAUCUCUGCUCUGAAGUCCAACCCCUCCCACCUGAGACAUCUGAACCUGAGUUACAACGAUCUGAAGGAUUCAGGAGUGGAGCUGCUGAGAGAUCUUCUGGAGAGUCCAGACUGCAGACUGGAGACUCUCAGACUGGAGCUCUGCAGUUUGUCAGAGAUCAGCUGUUCUGCUCUGAUCUCUGCUCUGAAGUCCAACCCCUCCCAUCUGAGAGAUCUGGACCUGAGUUACAACGAUCUGCAGGAUUCAGGAGUGAAGCUGCUGAGAGAUCUUCUGGAGAGUCCAGACUGCAGACUGGAGACUCUCAGGAUCAAUGGAGAGACGAUCAGAGCCAAGAUCCAGAAGACCUGUGACUCCGAUGUGGAACAGGAAGUGAAGACAGACAGAGAGGCACAACAGCUGGGAGCCAGAGGAGAACAUGCCGGACCCCAGACUGCUGGCAGCGUUCCACAAGAGGCUCCUCAAUCCUUCUCACCUGAACUCACAACUGAGUCUUCAUACAGGUUCAGGUGUCCUGGUCCAGGUGAGUUCCAGUGUGCUUCGACUGGCCUGGUGUUCGUCAUGGCUCAGGAGGCGGAGCUUCUGUACAGGGCGGUCCCUUGGGAGGAGAGCCGCCUCCAAUCAGCUGGCAAGCAGGCAGCAGGGCCGCUGUUCGACGUGAAGAGUUCUGUUGAAGCUGCCGUCUGCCAGCUCCACCUGCCACACAGUGAGACAGAGGAUGCGCUGCUCCUGGACGGCCUGUUGUCUGUCGUCCACAUCACUGAUGAAGGCCUGAGCAUCUUGGAGCCGCUGGAGGUCACACGCACUCAUGUGGUGGUGAAGGUGCUUCACCUCUCUCCCUUUGGCCUGGUCAUCGAUAAAUUGAAAAGGCUUCUAAAGUUGCGGAUAAAUGGCCAAGUUCUGGUGUUCCUACGACCCCCGGGCAGAGAGGAGCAAAUACUGGAUGUAUUUCUGCUGCACAACAACGUCCCUGAGGAGGAGGUUGCUGUCCGACAAGGAGGUGCUGUGCUCAUCAAGGUCUCCUCCGACUGUGAGCUGGACAUUGAUCACAGUUACAGUGUGCACUGUGAACCUGAGGGCUUCUUCAUUCAGCCUAAGAGUAAAACAUUUAAAUCCAUGUUUGGACCAAACUACCAUCCGACAUUUCAAGUGUCCCUGAUGACAAGCACAGAGAGAGUGGUUUUGAAGGUCCAGGACCAAGGUGGAAAUGAAGUCUGGAUUUAUCGCGUGUCACUGGAAGAUCCAAGGAAGGAAUUGUCCCAGAGAAAUGUCCCAGCAGAGAGCAGAGACCCAGCAGAGGAGUGGCUGCUCUCAGUUCGGACAGAGUUCAUUAAAAGAGUAUCUCUACCUCUCCUGAAGGACCUUCUGGAUAAACUCUUUCAGUUUGAAGUGAUCAGUGAAUCUGAAAUGGAGUCAGCCAAAACCAAAUCCCAAAAUGACGGAGCACGAGACGGAGCACGAGAGGUGGUGGACGUGGUGCGAAAUAAAGGAGCUGCAGCCUGCAGGGUUCUGAUCAAUGCUCUCAGAGAGCUGGACCGCCUUCUUUACGAAAAGCUCGACUCAAGUCAGCGGCGCCGGAUUUAUUUCAGAAGUGGGGGGGCCAAAGAGUGCGUGUGUAUGUGACAUAGCCUACUUGCCAACCCUCCCGAUUUUUGCGGGAGACUCCCGUUUUCCUCCCGGGGUCAUAUUUAUCCCGCAUUUCUCCCGAUUUCUGACUAAAUCUGAUUUGUUUCAUUCUAACAUAAUGCACCAAAUGUUACUGUUUCCACUCGGACUUCAAUACAGCUACA